AUGAGGGGUCGUUAUGGAGUUACCGCACGAGGCCUAUGCGAGAAGGAGAGGGAAGGCGUGGGGGUUGUGGGCGUGUGGCCGAUGGAGGCUUGGUACGUGGCGGGUAGGCUAUUAGUAAGAAGGAGAAGGCUUGGGCGAGAGGGUUCGCCGCGACCUAUGCGCGU